AUGGUAGACAAGGACGACAACGACAUGAGAGACCGCUUGCGGUCGCUGGCUUUCAACAUGGGCGAGGCCAGGGACGCUCUUCGCGGCAAAACUGUUCCCAAAUCUCUUGGACGCAGAGUCACGCGUCUUUGCGUAAUCCGUGGCAUUCGAUACCACGAGCAAUUCGCUGAGCAUCCAGACCUAGAACAGAUGAGGCAAUAUGUGCCAGAAAUCUCUCGUGCCUUGAACGCUCGCGCUAUCAUGAGUAACAAGAUCCCCUCCAUGCCUGAGGCUCGAGAUAGACCUUACUGCAUCUGGCACCCUGAGGUGGCAUCGGAAGAUACUUACCGAAAGCUGCGGCAGCAGUAUCCCGACAUGGCGUACCAAGUUGGUCGCGCGUGCGCCGUAGCUAAUUAUGUGGAACUGUAUCUUGAGAUGGAUCUAUUACCUGAUAGCUCUAUUGCCGAAGAAGCUCGCGCCAGUGGGUCUACGGAAGUCUUUGAAGCCAUCAUGCGAAAGCCCAUGAGAUAUCGCAUCAUGAAUGACUAUACCAGAAAAGUUACGCUGCAGAACCCGGAGCUUGCAUGCUUGAACGAUGAUACUGCCGUUGUGUCUACUCUGGAUAUCAAGCAACGCAUCAGAAAGCCCUGUGGCUUCGAGGAAGAUCCUAUCUUUGAAGCACCUGAAACCUGGGAAGAGGCCACAGCUCUCGGCGCUGAGUUUGAUGAUAUGGACGAAAUGUACUUUGACGCCGGGUUUGAUGAAAAUAUGUUCAACAUUACAGAGGACAUGAAUGUGGGCGAGGUGAACUCAGAAAAGCCAAAGCUAAAUUACCUACCCGAACUGCUUGUUCAACCCCUCCCCGUUGAUUUGCCGCCGGGCAACAAGGAUGUUUUGAUCCUGAUGGCGGCCUACUAUGGCAACAUCGAAAGAUAUUCUAGACUACGUCGUCCUCGCGUAAUUGACGGAGAGUUAGGGUGCCUCGUACGUGGAAUAUAUCACAAUUCUAUGUUUGCUGUAUGGUGCGCAACCCAGACUAUACCGAGUCGGUGGCGCAGCGGGCAUAUAAUGAGCGCAAUACAUGCUCGGAUGAUUAUGAACAACGACCUGAGUCGAAUCGUCAAUUUGGACAAGAUGCAACCCCAUGAGGGAUUUGAGCACAUGCCAUACAUGAUCUGGUUCCCUAACAAAGCUAAGCCCAAUACGUACAAGACUCUUGCGAGCGCAGUGACCAAGAUGAGGCCGUCAGUCUUACACGCAGCAGUUUAUACAGGCGAUAAAACCCUAUUUGACUGGCUGCUAGACGACCUUGGCGUGGCCCCAACCCGUCCUGCGCUUCAGGAAGCCCGCGUUCAGAACAGAGGAAAGGCUGGAGAUGCCCCAUCCUACUUCGUGACUCGUCUGGAGGCUCGCAGUCAGGAACUAGGGAUAGAUCUUGAUGCCGCUCCUGUGGUAAGCUGGAAAAUGUACUCAGCGGAACCGAACCGAAGUGGUAACUGGUUAGCGGAGGACCUGACGCCGGAUAGCGUUCACAGCGCUAUGGAGGACUGGGGAUUUUACGAUGGGUACAUAGUAGAUGCUUCGGGGGCGGAAUUGUUUGCAUCAGCACCUGAAUCGUGGAGGCCAGGCAAAUGGAAAGUUGAACUAGAUUAUGAGGAGUGGCCCAAAAGGGGGGGCGCUCAGGAUGAAGCUUAA